AUGAAGUCCACUUUCUUCACCACCACCCUUCUCGGCCUCGCCACCAGCGGCGUGAGCGCCUUUUCCCUGACUGAUUGCGCCAACACCAACGACUACCACAACUACGGCUCCAACGCCGAGGGCUCCUGCAAGACCUUCCGUGUCAACGCCGCAGGGGGCUGGUACUACUCCAGCAAGGCGGGAUGCAAGCUGACCGUGUACGCUGGCCCCAGUUGCGACGGCGCUAGCUUUACCACCGACCAGCAGCAUGUGUGCCAGAACGCGGGCUUUAAUCCGCAGUCUGUGAAGUGCGUCCUAUAA